ACGUUUCGGGAAAUUAUUUUUCUGCAGUCCUUUCGGAAUCAUCCUAACAUUGUGAAGCUGCACAGCAUACACAGGGCUUUGAACAACCGCGACAUCUACCUCGGCUUCGAGUAUAUGGAGACUGACCUGCACAAUGUCAUAAAACGCGGUAACAUUCUGAAGGACAUACACAAGCGGUAUAUAAUGUACCAAAUGUUGAAAGCUACGAAGUACAUACAUUCAGGGAACGUGAUACACAGGGACCAAAAACCUAGUAAUGUCCUUAUAGAUAGUGCUUGUAGGGUGAAAAUAGCUGACUUCGGUCUGGCCAGAUCCGUAUCCAGCAUGUAUUCGGGCGGGGAGGAGGGCGCUGAUCCAUGUCUCACUGAUUACGUUGCGACCCGCUGGUACCGUGCUCCUGAGAUACUCAUCGCCAGCAAGAAGUUUGUGUUAAUAUUUACUUAUCUCUGA